AUGCCGUUCAAGACGCCGGUCCGCACAGCUCUGCAAGAGCACCCUACUUCGUGGGGUUUCUGGCUCACCGUCGCCAAUUCGACAGUUGCCCGAACCCUGCUUGCCUCGAGCAAGACUGCCCCUGAUGGCGGCUUCUCCUGGGUCCUGGUCGACGCCGAGCACGGCCUGAUCGCGGAUAACCACUACUACGACCUCAACCAGGCAGUAUCCUCGAUGAACGCGAGCCCCAUUAUCCGGAUACCGUGGGGAGAGGAAUGGAUGAUCAAGCGGGCGCUGGACUCGGGCGCGCACGGAAUUCUUGUCCCCAUGUGCCACACUCCUGAAGACGCAGCCAAGAUUGUCAAGUACUGCAAGUACCCGCCCACCGGGACCCGAGGCUACGGACCUCUGUACUCGACCCACGCCUUCUCGGAGCUGUCUGCGGCCGAGUACGACGCAGGAGCCGACAAGGAGCUGGUCAUCGGGGUGCAGAUCGAGUCUCAGUCGGGCGUGGACAACGUCGAGGCCAUCGCAAAGGUCGACGGUCUGGACAUGCUGCUGAUCGGUCCCUUCGACCUGGCGCUGCAGAUGGGUGUCACUCGUUUUGGUCCCGACCACGAGGCUGCCAUCGAGCGAAUCCGCAAGGCAGCCAAGGAUGCUGGCAAGAUUGCUGCUAUUUUCUGCACGACCGGCGAGCAGGCAAAGAUGCGCGCGGAUCAGGGCUUCGACAUGGUCUCCGUCAUCACCGACGUCGGUCUGCUGGGAGAGGCCAUGGCUCGCGAGCUCAACAACGCCAAGGGCAAGGGUGCGUCCGGUGAGAAGAGAGCAGGGUACUAG